UCAUCUAAGUGAUGAGAGAAGGUGGUUCUUUCUUUUUUCUUUCUUUUCUUCAGGAGGUGACAUGAGAGAAGGGAGGAUUUUUUUUUUCCUUUUUGUGAUCAAACCACUAGUUCCACCAUCGUCUCCUGCUCAGGACGUGAGGAGACCACUGAGGAAGACAUUCAUUUAUUUAGGUCUUUCACUCAUUUAUCUUCCUCCCCCUCGUCUCUUUGCCUGACUGGCUGCUGAGCUGACUGACUGACUGACUGGAUGCUUGGCUCCCUCUCUCACUUGACUCUCACUGGCACCUCACUCACACACUGCGUGAGCUUUGCUGAGGCUGGCGUGGAGAGAGACAGUCGGGCUGCUCAGGCUUUGGAAAGUGGGAUCUCUGCUAGAUUUCUUUCUCUGUCUGUUUCGGUGGACUAAUAGAUGAGAGGAGAGGAAAUAUCUGGCUCUCUCUCCUCCAGCACUGACCACUGACCAUCACUACUGUGCUGCAUCCAUGACUUUACAUACCUGGCUGGUGUAUGGGCUUGGAUUUAUCUUGGUCUGGGCACUCUGCUUGACACAUGUCAGUGGGCUGCAGUGCUAUGGCUGCAAUAUCAUCCAGGGCCAGAGAUACGUGGACGUGGGCUGCUCCAACCCAGAGGUCAUCACCUGCACCCACUCACACAAAGGCUUUAAACACCGUUUCUGCAUCAAGACAGAGAGCACGGCCCUGGGUAUCGUCCUGACCAGCGGUUGUGCCACAUCCAGACACUGCCAGCAGCAAGAGUUGCCAGGGGUGCGCAUCCACUGCUGUGACUCAGACCUAUGUAACAGCGCCCCCUCCUGUCAUCCAAGUACAGUCCACUACAUUGGUGCACUGUUCAGCCUCUUGCUGCUGAGGAUGUGGUUGUGAUAUGGAGUCAUUGUGGCGAGGAACAUAACACCAGUGGACUAUGGGAGAAACAUUUUGUAUUAGUAACUCUCAUCAAUUCUCUUAUAGCUGCUCAUGUUUAGGGCUGAAUGAGAGUUUUACUCAGUAUGGUGUUAUUGGCAAGCAUGUUGAAAUAGUAGCUUUUGUCACAUUGUUAGCUUGGACUUAAAGUCAGAGCAAUAUCAAAAUAACCCAGUGAAUCUGUUUGAUCAAAACAAUGAUAAAGGUAGGCUAAACUGAUGAAGUUAUGAGAAUUUAUUGUGUCCGCUUAAUCAAAUGUAACUUGAAGUACGGUACAUGAGAUAUUAUAUGGCAUGAAAAAAAUAUCUUUGUUAGAGUCAUAAUAUCAAUUCAUAAAAAGUUUCAGUACAGACAUCUUUUAUCAGCAAUGUAGAUACACACUUACUUCAAUUUUAUAAUGGCUUACAUCAACUUGUACAGUAAGAUGUUGUUGGGACCAUGAAUCCAUUUUCUCUGUUAAGAUUAACUUCAAGAUCAAAUCUUUUUGUGCAGUAUGUUCUCUGAAAGUCACAAGCUAUUUACUUUGCAAAAUUAAAGAUAUUUUUUUAGUUUGUUGUCCAGUUCUCCAGACUAAGCCUGGGAAAGCACGCUGCAUGUGGUUCUAUGUAGGAUUGUAAGAAAUAUUGUACAGUGAAAGCAUGUAAUGUUGUGAAUAACUGCAUUAAAAUGUUUCAUAUUUUUCAGAAGAAAAAGGCUUUGAACUCUGUUAUACCAAGACACAUAAUGAAUGUCACAUACUACAAAUAAUCAGAGCAAUCUAAAAUCAAUUGUGAUUCACAUUCACGUGAAUUCAUGAGAAUAAAUUAAACUGUGUUAUAGGCCAGCAAAAAGUGCUUAAUACGAAAAUGUGCAAAGCUGACAUGGAAUAAAUA